UUCAGGAUCAUAACAACCAUCGCAAACUCAUUAACAAAAUAACCCAGCUAGCCUUUAGCCUUGCACAUUCAGAAGAUACGUCAAUGUCAACCUUGAAAUUUACUUCCAAAUUCCUUCCUUCCGGAGCUACAGCGGCUAGAGGUGCUUGGAGCCCUAGGGUAUUCGUCACUGCUGCCCCUAGACCAUUGCAAUCCAAAAAGGACAUAGACACCGCAGAGACAUGCCAGAAUGUGAAAGAAGCAGCAGAAGCAGUUAAACAAGGUGCAAGAGAAGUGAGGAAGACCAGUGAAUUCAUAAGAGACAUGGCUUCUUCUACUGCUGAAUCUGUGUCCAAUAUGACUAAAGAAGCCACAGAUAAGGUAUCUGACGCAGCAGAAAACAUCAAAGAAAAGGCUAAGGACUCAGUUUCUGGUGCUUUUGGAACCGCCAAGGCAACCACUGAAAAGAUCAAGGAAAAGAUCGUUGGCAAGUGAAAUAGAAUUUUUUACAUGUUCAUCAAGAACAUAAUACACAAACACUGAUAUAUUUAUUUCUUCAUUUUGUUUGUAAGUUAACUUUGGCAAGUUUUUAUGUACGUCUGUUUUUUCAUGUUCUUUCCAUAGCAAUACAACACUCUGCUUCUAAUGAUUUGCCAAUUAAAAGGAACACUGUAAUUAUGUAAUCUUGAAUGAGCUUGUGGAUACAAUUGAAUUUAUUUCUAUUUUUGGUUCUUGAA